CUAGUUGACUUUUGCCAACUAAUUUAAGCUGAGGGUUCAGUGAGCGCUCUUAAGAGGUUUCCUUCAGCCGAACCCUCGAAUCCACCACCUUUAACGAUGGCAUAUCGGCACAUCCUUAGCCUACUUUGGUAUAUUUUUAGGCAAUUGUUUGACAGUUCCGUGCAUGACCUCACAAUGGCGUUAGUUUUUGUUUGACUUUUGUCGACCAUCGUCCAGCGGCGACGACUAAUGAGAGGCAAACAUGAGGAACUGCGUUGGAUCAGCAGCUGGCAGGUGGCAGCUGGAAGAGCUGGGCUAACACGGGUUUAGUUAGCAGCACGGCGGAGCGACAUGAACAUAACCAGCCUGCUCCAGUUUGAAUCGAUGAAGUACAGCGGUGCCCAGACGCAGGCGGCGGCCAUCAAUCAGUUUGUGGCGAGCGCAUUGCGCGUUUUCAUCGAGGACUUUUACCAGAGCCUCGCCCCCGCCUUCAUUGUGAUCCUCUCCUGCCGUCGGCCCAGUCCGCUCAAUUUCUAUCGCAACAUCAUGCAGCUGCUGUACGAGAGCGUGGACACAAUGAUCAUACAGCUGGUGCAUCACAAUCACAAUCAGAGCCGGCAGCGCAUCGAGGGGCCACGUACGCACAAUCUGCUGCUGGUUGACUCGCUGGACGCACUGCUGGACAUUGAGAUCCACACGUACACGGCACAGGCCGAUGCCAACGAGUAUUAUUUUAUAUUCCUACAGCAGCGGGAUGCACUGAUACCGCAGGACAUGCUGGGCGUGUUCGAAUACUGCUGGCGGCAUCAGCUCAUCAACUGCAACGUGAUGACACAGAGCUCUGGCGGCCAGGUGCUGCUCCACACAUACUUUCCGUAUGCGGCGCAUCGCCAGUGCGGCGACACAAUGCCCACGGAGUUCAAUCGAUUUGCGGCUGGCGCGUGGCAGCAUCGCGAUUACUUCCCCGCGAAGCUGCGCAAUAUGCAGCAGUGCCCGCUGGUGGUGCUCGCCCGGCGUGUCCAGCCGUUCUUCGAUGUGGAUGGGCGGCAGCAGCUGCGUGGCCUGGAGGGUCGACUGCUCCAUGAGCUGGCCAAGCGGAUGAAUUUCAGCAUACGCUUCCGGGGAUUGCAGGAGCAGCAGGAGAGUCACACCACCUGGACGGAACAGCAGCUGUUGCAGCAAUUGAUGCAGGAUCGUAUUGCCCAUUUGGCCAUUGGUUAUGUGCGCAAGCGGAUCCAGUAUGCUGCCAAUCUGACGGCCGUGUUUCCGCAUUACUCCAACAGGCUGGUCAGCUGCCUGCUGCUGAAUUCCCACAAUCUGACCAGCCUGGAGAUUUGGUUUUUUCCCUUCCAGACCAUUGCCUGGCUCUUUCUGCUGGGCAGCCUUCUCGGCUUCUUUGGCAUUCUGCAGCUGGUGUGCUGGCGCGUCGGAGAUCGAGUCUCCCUCCUGCUGGCAGUGUACGGUGCUGCCUUGGGCGUGCCUGUGGCCCCGCUGGAGCAGACCUCCCUCCAGUUGCUCUUCGGCAGUUGGCUCUGCUUCACGCUGAUCAUGCGGGCCAUGUACUCGGCGCUGCUCUAUCUGAUCCUACGCUACCAUGUGCACCAGGCGCUGCCGCGCAGCCUCAUGGAGCUGGUGGAGCGCGGCUAUACGGCUGUGAUGAGUCGCAUCACCUUGCAGGAUCUGCGCGUGGUGUCCAGCCUGCAGCAGUUUGUCAACCUGCGAUCCGUGAUUGUGGCGUCCGAGCUGGACGAUGAGAUACUGCGUCAGCUGGAUCAGUGCUCGGAGGGCGCAUUGGCGGGCACACAUCCUCACUUCUUUGGACUCCUCGCGCAGGACGCACUGCUGCACCUGACGCAGCGUGGCCACAAGGCGGGCGCCUACUACAUUGUGCCGCAGUACGUUCUGGAGCAGCAGUUGGCCAUCUAUCUGCCGAAGCACUCGCAUCUGGUGGUGCAGUUCGACCAUCUGGUCAUGUCCAUUCGCGCCGUCGGCCUCAUGCACUACUGGGCCGGUCAAUUGGCCAGCGAGCAAUAUUUUCGCAGCACUUUCCUGUACCGCGAGAAGAGCAUCAGGCAGCCGGACCUCUGGGGCAUUUACGCCAUUGCCGCUGCCCUAUACUUUUGCUCGCUGAUGGUUUUCUUUUGGGAGCUCAUGUCGGUCCGGUGGGGACACACUCCAAGCUGAA